UCAUUGAUAGUCAUGUCUGAGUUGACUAACGUCCGAAAUAUGUCGUUCCAGUUGAAACAGUUAAAAGAAUGUAUUUUCUCCAAGGAAACGUUAGAUGUUGAAGUUUGUACACUCCCAGUUGUAGGUAGUGGUACUCGAAGGUAAAUGUUCUAUUUUAGGAAAAAAUUCUGGAAAAGCUAGCAGAAAGGUUUUAUGGAUGUUAUAAUCGGAUCAGUGGAUCAGCACAAACUAUCGAUAACUACUUUUUCUAUUUAGAAACAGUAAAUAAAAUUCAAGAUGAGCAAUACAAAGAAAGAUUUGGAACGUUGUUAUUAAAAUAUUUUCUAGCCAUUGAUCCAUCGGCGGCGGCUAUGAUUAUUCUAUCAAUUGUAUUAUUUACAAGAGCAAUCAAGUUUUUUGGCACCGAAGAUCAUGCCAAAUAUUAUAAGGCCGUUGCUCGUGGUGAGAUUAUAGGCACAUUGUGUUUAACCGAAGUUGGCCACGGUAGCGAUGUUAAAUUACUCCAAACCACAGCAACUUAUCUCAUUGACAAAAACGAGUUUGUACUUAACACCCCGAGCUUUGAAGCUGGAAAGUGUUGGAGUGAGAAUAUCGGGGUAUUGGCUACACACGCUAUCGUUUACGCACAGCUAUACAUGCAAGGUGGGAAAUACUGCGGGCUAGUUCCAUUUGUCGUACCAAUACGUAACUCAAGGACCCUACUACCCUACCCAGGGGUGGCAACGUGUAGUUUAGGAGAGAAACUUGGAUUCAAUCAAGGAGACCAUGGACUUUUAGUUUUUCAAAACUACCGCAUACCAAAGGAGAGUCUACUAAACAAAUUUGCAGAUGUGACACGCGAAGGCGGUUUCGUCAUCCAAGACCACAGCAGAUUAUCGACCGCGUUGUUUGAGGUGCUAAUCGACUGGAAGAAUAGACGUAGUUUGCACAAACUUAAUGUUACUUCGAUACACACUUACCAUCGCUUCAAGGAUCGCAUCGUCCCCUGUUCCAAAUUUGCAAAAUCACAUUCGAUUAAUGCCCUACAUUUCUGUAUAUUACGUUGCAAUCAUUUUCACCAGACACCUUUGUGAAAUACAGAACGCCCUUCUCUUCCCCUCCGAUGACACAUCGGCUAAUCGAAACCGUUUAGGUGUAGAAAUUCAUCUGAUAUCAUCGUCAGCUAAAUGCCUUUUUACGAAUUUGGUUCGGGACGGUACAAGUUACUGCUUAGAAGCGUGUGGAACACUGGCUUACCUUGCAAUUUCAGGUGUUCCGAGCUUGAAGUACAUUUCCGAGUCUGCCUGUACGGCCGAAGGAACGAAAGAGAUUUUAGUGCAGCAAGUAAGCAAUAUCCUCAUCAAAACCUGGAGAAUGGCUCUAGAAAAGCGAGAAAUAAUGUUUCCAAUGAAUUCGAUUAAUUUCUUGAACCAUGCGACUGAAAUAUUAAACUCUACGUUUAAAUCUCAAUCAAGUGCGGUACAUCUGGAUCUAGAAUCUACUUUGGGCCACUAUAAGUGGUUAGUAUGUUACUUACUGAAAAGUUCUUACGAAAAGCUCCACAAAUGUUUUAACGAGGAAGGCAAGGAAUUAUUUUGGGCGAUGCAUGACAACCAAAUUUAUUUCGCCAAGGAAUUAACUUAUGCAUACAUUGAGCAUUAUGUUAUUCAAAAAGUUAGCUUUUACAUUUCAAAGAUGCCACACAGUUCAGUUAAGUCAAUACUGGACAAGUUAUUGUCACUUUACGCCCUUUGGAGCUUACACAACUACGUCACCUUCUUCUAUCAGGGCGGAUAUGCUGCUGGAUCAGAAUUUGGCCAGUUUUUAGAAGAUGCCAUUUUGUCGCUUUGUCAGGAUUUAGCAAGUGAUGCUGCGUUGUUGACAAAUGCAAUUGCGUUACCUGACUUCGUAUUUUCUUCUGUCCUUGGACAAAACACUCAAGACGUUUAUAAACUUUUGGAAAAUAUUACCCCAAAUUGGACCGAUGCCGAUGACGCAAAUAAAAAAUUGAAUUCAAAGUUAUAGCGUUAACUUCAUUCUUUAGCGUUGUGUAACGACAAAAGUCAAGAAAUAAACAAACUCUUCUGUUACGUCUGCAA